GGACCCGCGGCCGAAGCACGCCACGAGCGCGCGCGCACGCCUAUAUCUGUCGUCACUCGCGCGCCGCUCGCCCAUUCAUCGCUCAGCCGCCGCUCCAGCCUGAGCUACGACACGAGCUGACGCACCGCUCGCGCGAGGAAAUGGCUGUUUGUUGAAUACGACCUAACGGACACACGUAGAUCCCGCUGUCUAGUGAUCGCGACUGGUAUUUUCGAAGUGCGGAAAAAUAGCGACAUGGGUCGAACCGGAAGUAGCGCCGUGCUGUUUGCGCUAGCGUGGUGCGCGGUGGCCGCCAAUUCGAUUUACUUCCCGCAGCAGUCGGAGGCGGAGGAGCAGGUGAGGACGGUAGGCGAGCCGCUAGCGCUGGAGGCGGAGCCUCCGACCAACGGGACGCAGCCGGGGCAGGCGAUCCAGUUCUCGGAGGAGGACGGCGAGCCGGACGUGUUCGUGCCGGCGGCCAGCCUGUGGCUGUCGCAGCUGGACAACAUCAUCGCGCGCGGCGUGCUGCAGUUCGCCGUCGACCUGGACAGGACGCUGUGGGCGGCGGGGGGCGGCCGCGGCGCCGCCUCCGGCGCCGGCGCCGUCUUCUCGCCGCUGAGCGUCGUGGGCGCGCUGGCGCUGGUGCUGCUGGGCGCGGGCGGGCGCACGCACACCGAGGUGGCGACGCUGCUCGGGCUGACGACCGGCGUCGACCUGUCCGGAGCGCGCGCCGACCUCUUCCACGAGCACUUCGGCCGGCAGCUGUCGCGCCUCGUAGCCCGGCCCGGGGUCGACACCAGCACCGAGGUCGCCCUCGCCAGCGCCAUCUUCCUGCAGCGCGACUUCCCGCUGCUGCGCCAGUUCGUCGCCUACGCCCGGGAGGUCUACCGCAGCGAGGUGCUCAACCUCGACUUCCGGCUGCAGCCGACGCUCGCGCAGAAGGCCAUCAACGACUGGGUGGAGAACAAGACCCGCUGCAAGAUCCGCGACUUCCUGCCCUUCCCGCCGCUGCCGGAGACGCGCAUCAUCAUCGGGAGCGCCAUAUACUUCAACGGCGCCUGGCAGGUCCCCUUCCCUCUCACGCACAGCAUGAAGCGCCCCUUCUACGUCACCGGCGGCUACAAAGGGGUCGUGACGCCGCAGGACGAGGUGCUGGAGGUGACCCUGAUGACCAACGCUGCCGACCUGCCCUACGCGACCGAUUCGAGUCUCGGCUGUAGCAUUCUGGGGUUGCCCUACCGCGGAGGUGAGGCGGUGAUGUACCUGGUACUGCCCGACAAGAUGGGCUACCAGGCACUGCGGGAACUGGAGGACAGGCUGGACGCGCCGACUCUCGAACACCUCAUAGCGUCGACCAACACAACGCCCGUCAUCCUCGCAGUGCCCAGAAUGAGUCUGGAAGCGAGCACCAGUUUGAAGGACCACCUGGAGACCAUGGGAGUGAAGACCUUGUUCGACCAGCACGCGGCCAACCUCAGCGGGUUGUCACCGGGCAUUAGGGUGCAAGUGGAGAACCCCGACGCCGACAACCAGACCUCGGCCGACGAGACCUUCACUGUGGGCCCCGGCCUGUACGUGGACGACGUGCUGCACAAGGUGCAGGUGGAGGUGACGGAGACCGGGACGGUGGCCGCGGCGGCGACCGCGCUGUCCAUCACCCGCGACGGCUCGCGGCCCGUCUUCCGCGCCGACCACCCCUUCCUGUUCUUCAUCCACCACCGGGCCACUCGUCUAGUCAUGUUCUGGGGCCGCGUCAUCAGACCGACGCCACAUACUGUGCGCCAGGCGCCGCAGCCGGCGGACGCAGCGGCCAACUCAUAAAUCGUGUCGGCCGGCGUUGACCCACUCGUUGUUCAAACUGCGUUGGCGUUGACAGGGAAGACUACCUCGUUAGUAGUUCCGUAAAGGACUAAUAAGAAAGCGGAUGCAUACGAUACAGUUUAACUGAAAAGUACUUCAGCAUCGAU